CACCGUGACGUCUGCUGUGUUUACGGUGGGAGACAAUGUGGUCUCAGGAAGCGACGAUCGCACGGUCAAAGUGUGGGACCUGAAGAACAUGAGGUCYCCYAUAACAACCAUCCGCACCGACUCAGCUGUGAACAGGUUAAGUGUGUCUGCCAACCAGAGGAUCAUCGCUCUGCCACACGACAAUCGACAAGUGCGUCUGUUUGACAUGAGCGGCGUGAGGCUGGCCAGGCUUCCACGCAGCAACCGAAUGGGUCACCGGCGGAUGGUGUGCUGCACGGCGUGGAACGAAGAGAACCAGUCGUGCAACCUGUUCACCUGCGGCUUUGACCGGCAAGCCAUCGGCUGGAACAUCAACAUCCCUGCCCUGCUGCAGGAGAAGUGACGGAGUGGCUGAAAUACAGAGGAAAAUUAGUCCAAGGCGGUGCAGUGCAUCAAAUGUUUUUUUUUUUUUCUUCUUACAUUCAUGUUCUAAUUGCACACUGUCCUGAUUAAAUAUAUACAGUGAAGAAAAGGAGACCGAUCCAAUCCCCCUCACUGCCCUCCGGGGCGUAUUUACGGCUCACAAACGCUGUGAUCUGCGGCCUCAGACUCGCCAGCUUGUUUGCCCUGGGAAACAUUUGGAGCGACACGUAUUUCACAGCUUGCAAACACAGCUGAAGGACACUGUUAACUUUCCCAGUUUGUGACCUGCAGCUGAAAGGUCCUGUUCUGUAACCGCUGGGUGACUCAGCUGGUUAGUGUGAGGCUGAAAACGUCUGUUUUGUUUCGUUAUUGUAAUUAUUUAGCAUGGUUUAGUGAGGGUGGACUGAACGUUUUAGCCCUAGCUUCCUGAAUGCCACAUUUUCAUGUUCACGUCCCGUUUGCUCGUUCAAACAGCUGCUCUUGCAUGUGGAUAAUCUCAGUUUUUGAACUUUACUUUUUAAAGCUGUGAGAGAACAAUUAAACGGGGCAGUUUGGUUUAUAGAAUAGAUGUACAGUAUAUAUCAUUUUGUGGCCUCAAUAAGUGACCUGUGUUGCCAACAGAUUUCUUGUUUUAAACACCCUUUUAAGGGUUGAGUGAAUUAUUUUUUUAAAGCACAGGUGGGCAACAACUUUUGUCCAGAAGGCCAUUUUUACUUAUUUAAUUGGAUUGCAGGGCUACAAACGUAAUUAAAACAGUAUCCUGCCUGCAUCAGUCACACACAGCUUGACAUCAACUGCGAAAAGACAACACAAAGCUGAUUGUUGAAUGCUUUGCUGGAAUAUUGUUUCAGYUAGGGGGCUUUUUGUUUGAUUUUUCUUUUUUCUUUUUUUUUUUUCCAUGAAGACAAGAUUAGUAUGCUUGGUCAAAAAUGCUGUACUGUCUCGGCACCUUAAACACCUGCAUCUUUAAGCUAACAUUUACUUCAAAUGUUAGCCUUUAAGCUAACAUUUACUUUGAACAAUAGCCUUUAAGCUAACAUUUACUUUGAACGAUAGCCUUUAAGCUAACAUUCUCUCUAAACGUUAGCCUUUAAGCUAACAUUUGUGUUAAACGAUAGCCUCUAAGCUAACAUUUACGUUGAAUGAUAGUCUUUAAGCUAACGUUAAAGCUAAGGUUUACUCUAAAUGUUAGCCUUUACGCUAACUUUUACUUUGAACGAUAGCCAUUAAGCUAACGUUUACUCUAAACGUUAGCCUUUACGCUAACAUUUGCGUUAAACAAUAGCAAGCAAAAAUAUACUUUAAACAGCUCUUGACUGUCUGAACAACUUUAAAAACAUGGUUGUGGCUAUUUUAGUAAAAAAAAUUACUCGCUUUUCAAACCAGUAAAAAGGCAGACCAGGUUUUAGCUUUCACCAAAAGUUAGUAAAACCCAGGAUUUUGUUUGUUCAUUUCAAGGUUUUUUGUUUUUGAAUUUAUUUAUUUAUUUUUAUUUUUUGGCGGGGUGGGAGGUUAACAUGGCUCUCAGGUCUUAUUUMGCCCACGUGUGCUUUAAAUUCCUGCUUAUAUUAUUUCUCCUUGCCUCUCGUUCAGGCCUGCCARGUUACAUGUGUAGCGAGAAGGCAGCGAGGUCGUUCAUUUAUCUAAAAACAGCAGCCCAGAUGUUGCGUGAAAGCUUACCAGUCUGACAUUUAUGCUCUUCUUCCAGCCUUCGUGUUUCCAGAUACUCUUACUUGCCGUGUUAAGUGUUUAUGUCAGAUUGUUUUAUUUUUCUGUAUGUUCUUUUUUUAGUAUGUAUAUAGUAAAUUCCUCUGCCCCUGUCAGAGUGACGAAGUGUCAAGAGCAAAGCAAUAACUGGGGAACGACUGCGCCCAAGUUCACGAAUCCUUCAAGGAUCUGUGACUUGGUUGUGUUCAGCGUCAUCGGAUCACAUCAUUCCCAAAGUGUUGCUAAUUUAGACGUGCACAAACUGCGCCGCGUGUUCUCUGUGUCAGUGACACGUCGGCCAUUCUUUGUUGCCAACUCCCAACCURGUGUUGCUGUAAUGUGUGACCUCAAAGUGAACUUAUUUGCAUCUGUGCUUCACAAACAGCCUAUUGAUGAUGUUUUUUGUUGUUUCCAAACUGCAGUGAACCAUUUGCUUUGUACGUUUUGUUCUGAAUGGCGCCUUUUAGAUUUCAGAGACGGUCUUUAUUUAAAACAGAAGCAAUAACCCAGCUCCUCAGUGUUACUGGUGCUCAAAGUCAAAACUGUUGUCUUUUCUUUUUGUUGUGAACGAGUGAAUUCACACUGAGUUGACUCAGUUCUAACCUGUCUGGAACUAAGUUCAUGUGGAUUAAAGAAAACACCGUUCSUUACACACGUGCAAUGUUCUGAUAUGAGGUCAUGCUGUAGUUUCCCAGACUCAGAUGUUUAACUUAUGUUCGUGCUGUAAAUCCCACCAACUUGAGUUUUUUUUUUGUGUACUUGUAUAUCUUGUGAAGAAUUACUGUAGAUAGUUGUGCAUGUUACCCAAAACGAUUGCUUCGAACUGCACACAUUACUUCUGUUCCUGCAAAUAUUAGAACCAGGAGGCAUUUUAAAGUAGCAUAAACCUUUUAAACAAAAAAAUAAAAAUAAAAAAGUCAAAUUUGUUCGAAUGCCUUACGUUAAAGACGGUGCAUGACUCUUAUCCACCUGAGCACCAGAGCGCUCCUCCAAAUGCUUGUUAAAGAACUAAUUGUGCUUCGCGGCGCGGCACAGAUAGGAUUCUUUCUUCAAUUUUUAUUCAGGGAACUCGGUCUCAAGCCCACUGGUAUCUGUGUCAUUUUUAAUCUGCAGAUAGAACGGUAAGUCCAAUGUGCGCUCAGCUUUAUGAAUUUCAUCCUGGGGGAAAUAUGAUUUUUGGAUAGAUACAUUAAAUUAUUGUGUGCCAGACUCUAAAGAUUAAAAAAAUAUAUUUAAUAUAUAAAAAGUGAAUCAGCUUUUGGCUCACUAAAGUGAAUUUAUAUUCACCUCCAACUUCAUUAUGUGAUCUACUUUGCAUACUUUAUUGUGACGCCUUUGUGCUCUCUGACGUUUUCCAAUAAAACGAUGUGAUUCUCCUUCUUCCA